UUCAAAGAUACACAUUUUAUACGAAAUCGUAUAAAUUAAUAUUUAUCUAUAUUAAUUUAUAUAUAUAUAUUUCUAUAAGUAUAUAUCAUGUUACCAUUAAAUUCAAAUUUGUUUAAUUUCACUCUCAGAACAUUUCCGUAUUGGAGAUUAAGUUCGUUAUUAAGUACAAGUGUAGUGAAUCCCGAAACAAAUAACAUAGCUAAGCACGAUGAAAGUGUUAUUCAAGAUGAUCAAAAAUAUAUGAAAAAAGAAAAAGUAUUAAAAGAUACAAAAAUUCAAGAAACAGAUGUAACACAAAUAUCUGUACCUGUAGAUAAAUUUCAACAAAAUAUUCUUUCAAGUAGUUCUAUAAAUGAACAAAUUAAUCAAGCUAAAAAUACAAAAGAUUUGAUGUCUAUUAUAAACCAUCCAAAUCUAACGAUUGAUCAUGUUAAACAAAUUUUAAAUCAAAUUUCUAAUGUAAAAACCGAUGUAGAAAAACAAAAUAUAGCUAAACUUCCUACUAAGGUAGUAGAGAACUUGAGCGAUUCGUAUAAAAGAAAACUGCAAAUCGAUAACAAUAUUGGAUUUUUAUCGCUAGCAACACCUAAAUUAAUUCAGAUAUUAAAAAGAUUAUCUUAUACUAAUGAAAGAAAUAUAUCUCUAUUAAAAGCAUUAACGAUUAACAUUACUCUAUAUAGCGAUCAAUUAAAUAUUAGAAUGUGUGGAGACAUUUUAUAUAGUUUGGCUGUUCUAAACUAUCCAGAAGAGUCUUUAUUAGAUAAAAUAAUGGCUACGUUAAUUAAAGAGAUACAUCAUAAUGAAUAUGGAUCUGUUAUUAAUUCUAUAGUAACAUCCAUAAGAUUACUUAAAUACAAAAAUCAAGAAGUUCUUGAUAAUAUUUUUAUAUGGACCAAUAAUAAUAUUGAAAAAUUAAGGCCACAAGAUUUUGUAGCUAUCUUAAAAUGUUUUGCCACAUUUGGUUAUACCCCUAAGAAUAUAAAUAAUUUACAGCAGUAUAUAUAUGGAUUAAACCAAAAAAAUGUAUCAUUCAAUCAAGAGUUAUGGCUAGAUUAUGUAUGGUCUUUGACAAUUUUAAACAGGGUAUCUACAAAACAUGUUUCAUCUAUAUUGAAUAACGAAUUUGUUAACUCUAUAUUAAGUAAAUCUGAAAAGGAUACAUUAAAUAUAUUAAAACUAUUGAAUAUUAAUGCUGCUGCACGGAACAUUCUGAAGAAUUAUGAUGGUCCAUAUUUUGAUGCCACUGAUAAGGUAUUUUCCACAAUUAUACCAAAUAAAAAACAAAAGCAAGAACUUGUUGAUAUGUUGGAAAAGACACUGCAAGAAAUAGCACCCUUCUGUUUUAAAAUGAAUAUAAAUACUAAAAUGGGUUUUAAUAUAGAUGCAGAAUGCUGUCUGGAUUCUGAAAAUAAGUUUCUGAAAUAUAAGGAUAAUAACUUGAAGAAUGUAAAAAAUACAAGGUUAGCAAUAAUGGUACAUUCUUAUCAUGAAUAUUCUAAAGGAGAAGAAGAUAUUUUAGGAAUAAUAAAAUUCUAUAAUAAUUUAUUAAAUGCUCAAGGUUAUAGAGUUUUGAAUAUUUCUUAUCAAAGCUUUAGUAUAAAUGAUAUACUUUUAAAACGUGUAAAAUUUUUAAAUCAUAAGAUUAAUUCUUUACAAAAAUCUGUGAAGUGA